AUGUCUAAGGCAGACGAAGGACGUUUGAUUCAUAUCGCCAAGAAACGUGAACGUGCUAAGGAAGCUAUCGAGCAAAGACGACGAAAACUGGAGGAAGAAACGAAGAAUCUGAAGUCAGGUAUCACGACAAAAUUCACCGCAAAUUAUGAUGCUAUAGAAGAUUCUCUGAAAACAAGCACUGUUGGUCUGGUGACACUGGACGAAAUGCGAGAAAAGCAACGAGAUGUGGUUGAAGCAAGGGAGUUGCAAAGAGCGGUUGAAGGUAAUUCGAAGGAAGCUAUCAGAAGUGCAGAUAACGAUAGUAAAGGUUGUCAAAAACGAGUGCUUUCUUUUGCAUUCAGUGAUGAAGAUGAAGAGGAUACAGCGUCUGUGCCAAUAGAAAAAAAACGAAUGGGCAUGGAUCCAACGGUGGAGACAGCAUUCCUUCCGGAUCGUAACCGAGAAAAAGAGAUGGCUAGGUUGAAGGAAGAUCUCGCAAAAGAGUGGCAAGCAUUGCAAGAGAAAGAGAAAAACGAGGAGAUUAAUAUUGCAUUCGUUUAUUGGGAUGGCUCUAGUCAUCGGAAGGACUUGAAAAUGAAAAAAGGAAAUACAAUAUCACAAUUCCUUGUCCGUGCACUUGAAUUAUUGAAAAGGGAAUUCAGCGAAACGCGGGCUGCUGUACCGGAGAGUUUGAUGUUUGUUAAGGAGGAUCUCAUCAUACCUCAUUUCUACACGUUCCAAGAUUUCAUUGUAACGAAAGCAAUGGGAAAAACUGGCCCUCUCUAUGAAUUUGAUGCCGCAGGGGAAAUACGGCUAAGGCAGGAUGCUGCUGUAGAUUGUGGCGAAUCUCAUCCAGCCAAGGUUGUACUACGAAGUUGGUACGAAAAGAACAAACAUAUAUAUCCUGCAUCUCGAUGGGAAGCUUUUAUACCUAACAAAGAAUAUAGACGAACAAUUGAUGAUCUCACCACCAUUUGA